AUGAGCACUGCUGCUGGUGAUGGAAGAGCAGCAGCCACAGCCAAUAAAGAAGAGAGCAGGACAACACUUUUGGUAGCAGCCACAUUAGAGAAGCACAGCUACAUGAUGAAAGUAUACCUCGAAACGCCCUGUAUCCCCGGCCCCGCCCCUCAGAUCCCGCCCACAUCCCCUCAGGCCCCGCCCACACACAGCAGGCCCCGCCCCGCAAUCAGGCCCCGCCCAUCCAUCACCCUGUCCAUCAGGCCACGCCCCCAGGCCACACCUUCCAUUUGCCCCGUACACUCGGACCCCACUCCUGCCCCUCAGGCCCCGCCCACUCGGACCCCACCACAACCCACUGGCUACGCCCACAUUGGAUCAGGCCACACUCACUGCCCACUCUGCCUCACCCACGUUUACGCAGCCCCCACCCCCGCCCGCACCACCCCCUCAGACCCUGUCCACUCACCACAGGCCCCGCCCACUCACUAUCAGGCCCCGCCCCUUACCUCUACCACGCCCCAUCAGGCCUCGCCCACGUCCUCUCACGCCCCGCCUACCCCAGCCCCCACCUACUCCCCACCCCGCCGCAGCCGUGUUCCAUUAGACCCCCGCCCACUCGAACCCUCCCACGUCCCAUCAGACCACGCCCGCGCCCUCUCACACUCCGCCCACAUCCGCAGACGACGCCCACGCCCAAGCCAUCUCGCCUUAUCCACGCCUCGGUCAGACCCCGCCCCUGAAUUAGGCCCCGCCCGGCGCAUGUGCAGCGGCUCAGUAAACAGGCGGUGCCGCCCCGCCCCCUGA